AUCUCUUCACCACAUCUCCUCUAUAAAAAUGAUCUCAUCUCCUUCAAUUGAAAAACCCCACUCGAGAGUCUUCAACGACAAGCAGAUCAAAACACAGAAACCUAAUUUCAAAAUCCUGUUGAAAAAACCUCAUCUUCUCUUCUCUCUGCUCUGUUUUCAUAAUCAAUGGCGUCAAGGAAGCAUUUUUUUGGCAAGCCUAACUACAUCUAUCCCCAACCAGAACCAGAGAUGUCCGAAAACGACGAGAAUGUCUUUGAGUUCGACGAAUCUGAUAUUCAUAACUUAGGCGAUCACCGGUUACCGAGUUCAUUUGAGGCCAAGAGAUCGAUAUCAAUCUCUCGAUUACGGAGAAAACCGGCGAAAGUCGGAGAUUCCUCUGUUUCCGUUAACCGGAAAGCGCCAAAGACCGGUUCGCUUCCGGUUAACAUUCCGGAUUGGUCGAAGAUUCUGAAGAGCGAGUAUAGGAGCCAUGUGGUGGUACCAGACGACGACACCGACGAAGAUGGCGAGGACGAGGAAGACACCAACGGCGGUGACACGGCGGCGGCGACGGGAGGAAGGCGGAUCAUUCCGCCGCACGAGUAUUUAGCACGGCGGAGAGGGUCGUCGUUCACGAUGCACGAAGGGAUCGGUGGAACGGCUAAGGGAAGAGAUCUAAAGAUAUUGAGGAACGUGAUUUGGGAGAAGAUUGGAUUUCUGGAUUAGUAAUAAUUAGUAUAUACAAUUAAUUAUCAAUCCAAUAGGUAAUAUAGAUAUGUUAAUCAGUUAACUCAGUUAGGAUCGGUUAUAGUUUCGGUCCGAAUGAGAUUUUUUCGAUAA